UCUCGCCAUGCUCGUCUUUGCUGUCCAUGCGCUGACCUUCGCCGUGGGAUUUCCUGCCAACGUCUUCACCUUCCUCACCCUCCUCAUCAAAAUCCGAUGUCACCGUCCUCAUCCCCACCUCACCGCUGCCGACCUCCUCCUCCUCCACCUCACCACCACCGACCUUCUCCUCCUCCUCUUCCUCCCCUUCAAGAUGGCUGAGGCAGCUGCCAAGAUGGUGUGGCCCUUCCCCACAGUGCUCUGCCCCAUAGCAAACUUCUGCUUCUACUCCAGCAUCUACCUCAGCACUCUCUUUAUGGCUGCCCUCAGUGUGGAGCGCUACUUUGGGGUCGUGUUCCCGCACCGCUACAACCGGCGCCGGAGGUUAUGGCGGACGAUGGCUGCCAGCGCUGUCCUUUCAGUGAUGGCAUUGUCUCAUUGUUCCAUCAUCUUUGUGGCAGAAUAUCACAGAGAUUUUGGUGUCAAUGGGUCUGAGGCUGAUGGGGAAGGUGGUUAUGGAGUGAAUGGGACCAAGACCAGGGAAUCCGGGAUGGAGAACCCCUAUGACGUUGGCCUCACUGGGCUGAAGAUGGGCAGCUCCCAUUCCUUUGAAGCCAAUGUUAUCAACCUUGGAAAAUUUGAGUUGAUCCAACCUGACUGCGUUGACACCAAUGUCCCCAACACCUCCACUGCUAACAUCACCAUCCCCUGUGUCUCAAAGAACUCCAGUGCCGACAUCUGCAGGAUCUCCAGCCCCAACGCCAACCUCAACAACUCCAGCUUCAAAUCCUCUGCCUGCACAACCCCAAACACACCCCACAUCCCCACCACCACCCCGUGGACUUCCCAGAAUGCCUCUGAAACUCAGCGCCACCGGGGCUACCACUGCUACGAUGACUUCUCCCAAACCCAGCUGCAAUUCGUCCUCCCGCUGUGCCUCGAGCUCUUCCUCAUCCUCUUCCUCAUCCCCUCUGCCAUCACCAUGUUCUGCUACAUCCACCUCAUCCAUGCCCUCCUCACUCAACCCCACAUCCCACUGCAGAAGAAGUACCGCACUGUGGGGCUGGCUGUGGUCACCAUGGUCAACUUUGGGGUCUGCUUUGGACCCUACAACAUCUCGCAUGUGGUGGGCUUUGUGCAGCAGCGCAGCCCUGAGUGGAGGCCCUACGCUCUGCUCCUCACCACCCUCAGCGCUGCGCUUGACCCCUUCAUCUUCUAUUUCUCCUCCAGUGCAGUGCGGAGGGCGGUCAGUGGGAUGGUGGGAGCAAUUCGGGGCACAAUGUGUGGGUUUUGGGGUUGGUGUUGGCAGAGACAAUGAGCCCCAACCUGGAGGAGGUUAUGGGGUAAAUGAGGUUCUUGUGAUUGGAGUGGGCUUAAUGGGGUAGGAGGUCAGAAAUAGGGAUAGGUCCAGAUUCCUUGUGGUCAGCGUUG